AUGGCUGGAGAAAAUCAGAGCCCAAUCUUCAAGUUCCUGUUCUUUGAGUGCCUGCUGAAUGCAGAACCACAAGAGGUUCUCUUUUUGUUGUUCUAUUCCAUUGUUUUUAUGAGAGAACUGGGUCCAAUUCUGUUAUUCCAGAUAGGGCAGUAUAUACCCUGUGUUUGGCAUUGUUUCCAUAGCUUGUGCCUUUAUGUGGAACCCUGCUAUUUCUCCCAAAUACUUCAUACUUUGACUCCAAUUUUGGCAGCUGUUAACAUUGUCCCAAGGUAUUUCUCAAGUGCUUCCACUCUCACUGAACAGAUUUCCCAAGUAUCAGUCGUUUUUGAUACUUAUAGAUCUGUCUGUCACCCUCUUUGGUACUAUUCAAUAAUUAUGUCCAGGAGGACCUGUGGUCACCUGAUAAUGGCCAUUUUUUCCAAUGGUUUUCUCAGUAUGGUGAAAUACACAGUUUCAACUUCUGAGUUAUUUUUCUUUGACUCCAAUAUCUUGUCUUGCCCUGACCCACAAAUACUGUCCAUAGCUUCUUUGGACACUUGCCCUCCAGGAAGUCAGCUAUUUAUUAUUGGAACAUUGAGUUUUGCCAGCUCUCUCCUGAUGGUCCUCAUCUCCUAUGUUUGUUUCUUGGCUGUCUUCUUCAAGAUCCUGCCCUCCAAAAGGAGGCUCAAAGCCUUCUCUAGCUGUGUUUCUCACCUCAUUGCCUCUUUGUUCUAUGAGACUUCCCUCUUUGAGUGGGUAACAUAG